GUAUAAACGGAAAAGCAAAGUUUUUAGGGUUGUUGCUGCCCGUGUGCCAGGCGAAAAACGUAGCCUCGCACUCUCGCAGGCGGCGGCGCAUCGAGAAACAGGGCUGCGGCUGUUGCUUCUUCCACCUCUCCGGCCAUCCGGCGGUCCAUCGUUCCGUGCCGGCGGCCUCCCCUCCUACGCCCCUGCCGAUUCUUCAAUCUUCACCAACGUCUGCGCGUAGCAGGCUAGCAGUCGGCACGGCUUCCUCAGAUCUGCCGGACGACUUGCUGUUCGUCACCGACUCACCAGCAACCAACGUCAGCCAUCAGCCGGCAGCAGGGGAAGCUGGGCGGAGGGUCAUUGCGGCACGGCGUCCAGGCGUACAGAAGGCACCAGCAACAGCCCAUGGCAAACGCCGCAGAUGACCCUAUGGCAGAUGAAGCCGGAGUAGAAGAUGCCUUCACACAGGAGAUCAAUCAUUCGUACGUCCCUAGAUACCAUGUGUUGAGUUGGAUGGAAACUGUGGAGGGGAUGGUGGCCGGUGUGGCGUCGCUUCCGCCGGUGUAUUUGAUACUGAACAGAGAGAUAUAUGAUACAUGCUCCUGCUUGCUCAUGAUGCCGGUUUGGUGCCAAAGCUAUCUUCUUGAGACGGGAUGGGGAUGGAAGAGGCUGGUGCCCUACAGACCUGGUUAUGUUGAGUUGCAUGUGUUCAAGAAAUACCUUGGGGACUAUUUCGACCAUAAUCGUGAAGCUUUUCUUUGUGCCGAGCAGAAGCCUGAUCCAUUUGGAUGGAUUGUUGCUGAAAAGAGUGCCCUGAUUGCUGCAGCCAAAUCGUGCCUCAAGAUGGAGAAGGCACUUCUCAGGUACUGUGCUAGCUUUCUCACUCCUGACGACAAAAGGCUGAUCCUCCGGAUCAAGGACCAGGCAAAGCAAAUGAUCCAAUCAGAGGGUGAUCAAUCUUUGAUUGUAACUAUAUGCUUGGAGUGUAUUGCGAAGGAGGCCGAGUUAAUGUACAAUUAUUUGCCUUGUGAUUUUGACACCACCGAAGAAGUCGCCGUCUGCAAUAAGGUUCGGCGGUCUGCCUUGAAUCUUAUGCUCUACAAAGGUUCUGAAUCUGCUGUUGCUGCUGGUGCCAUGAUGGGUAUCACAACAGAGGCUAAGUCCAUUUUUGACUUGCUUAGUCGAGACCAUGACGUGGUCAUGGAAGUUUUUACUUGUGAGAGUAUAAGGGAACAUACAGCAUCAGUUCUGACCCAGCUUGGGAAGGAAUUUGCUUGCGAGACUGCUACUGUGAACAGCUCAUCAGCGCGGCCUAUGGGGGUCAGUGAUGUUAGAGAUCUGAACUCUGAAGUAUCUGGUUCAAUGGAAGACUGUACGAGUAUGGAUGGAGCAAGGUUUUAAAGUCGGCUAGUCGACUCUAGUCGCCUAAGCACCGAUAAGGUGACUAAUCGCGAUUAGUCGUCGAUUAGCUCGAUUAGUCGAUCCUAGUCGACUCCCUAGUCGUCCUAUAGUCGUCCAUCUAUAACAGGACCAUAUAUAUAUAUAUAUAUACUAGAUUGCAAAUCUAUUGACAAUAUUACAAUGAAACUGUAGAAUGAAUGAAUGAUCAUGUUUUCACUAAAAGGUAAAGAUCACUUAGACACUUACCUUGGAUUGGAGUAUACAACAGCACACUGCAAGAUUAGUAGGACAACACUUCUGGUAUAUCUCCAGCAGCCUUACUAGUGCAAAACGUCAUAUAUCUCCAACAAAGCAAGCAGAGGAGGGCGUCCAGCAAGCAGAGGAGGGCGGCGGCGCUUACAGCAGCAGCAAGCAGAGGAGGGCGGCGCUCAGAGCAGCAGCAAGCAGAGGAGGGCGGCAGCGCUCAGAGCAGCAGCAAGCAGAGGAGGGCGGCGGCGCUCACAGCAGCAGCAAGCAGAGGAGGGCGGCGCUCAGAGCAGCAGCAAGCAGAGGAGGGCGGCAGCGCUCAGAGCAGCAGCAAGCAGAGAAGGGCGGCGACGCUCACAGCAGCAGCAAGCAGAGGAGGGCGGCGCUCACAGCAGCAGCAAGCAGAGGAGGGCGGCGGCGCUCAGAGCAGCAGCAAGCAGGGGAGGGCGGCGGCGCUCAGAGCAGUUAGCAGCAAGCAGAUGAAGCGGUGGCGCUCAACUCCAGCUAGGUUAAAGACUGUAACGGCAUUGGCACAGUUUCAGGCUUUUCAGCCCCCCUGGUGGGCCGGCCCAAAUAGAAAAGAGCAGCCUGGAGCCCAAAACAAAGCACCUAGUCGAGAACAACCCUAAUCGGACGACUAAUCGCCGACUAAUCGCGAUUAGUCGGACGACUAGGUUUCUAGUCGCCCUAAUCGCGUCGGUGGCCCUAAUCGGCCUUGCAGCAGCGAUAAGUCCGACUAAUCGCGACUAAUCGCGAUUAGUCGGACGACUUUAAAACCAUUCCGAUGGAGACAAUGGAAACAAUCCAGUUGUUGGAGGGGGUGGCUAAGAACUCGAAGAAUUUAAAGUUGGUGGAGAACCACGAAAACGAGACCAGGGUUGCCACGUAAGAGAAGACUGCAUCAGCAUCACUACUUGCCUGUUUUGAAAUUUAAUGUACCUUUCACGGAAGCCCUCACUAACAUUAAUUGUUUGUAUGUUUCAUCUCAGCUUGAUGACUGAAAAUAACUAGGGCCUUGCAGGGAAACCUUCGUUGACUUCUGAGGUACUGAAGGUUAGUGAAGAGGCAGAUGAUUACGUUCCAAAUAGGAAGUCUUGAAUACUGCUGUGACUUGUGUUUUGAAAUAGAUAUAGUAUUUUCUGGUUCUCUUGCAAACCUCAUUGUUGCAGCCCUAACAUUUCAUGGUGUGUUUGAUUUGUGGGGUGGGGGUGGAUGGGAGACGGUCAACCCAUUUUUUAAAGUUGUUCAGUUAGAUGGGAUGCCCAACCAGUGGGGAUAUUCCCCCGAGAUCUUGGAUGGGAUGUCCAUGCAAAUCUGGUGGACAGAGUAGUCCAUGGCCUUGUUGAAUACUUAUUGCGCGACUGGUUGUGGUCACCUAAUGUGCCUUUUCUUUUUGCUCCAAUUGUUCCCAAUCUCAUCCCUCAUUAACCUGUUUCUGACUGGGAUGCGCACAGCAAUUGGGAACCAGCAGGCCCUCUGUCCAGACGCUGGUGCUUUGUGCUCCGUUGUUGUGCUGCUGCUCCACUGGCGUUUACUAGUUCUAGUGCCUUUUCACUGAUUUGUCCGCACAGGGAUCCUGGUGCUAGUGCUUGGCUGAUUGCUGCUGCCCCUGUGUUCUCCCUCAAUUCGUACUGCUCAUGCAAUUCCUGGAGGCCCUAGGAAUUGGUUCUGCAGUUGUACCUGUAGGCUGUAGCUGCCAAUUUAGUUCGAUUUUGAAUUUGGCAGGUAGUUGUUGUGCUUGUUUCUAGAUGCAAGAGUGCUUAUUGUUUGUGGUGUUUGUUAUUGGAAAUUUUGGUUGGUGGUAGUUAUUUGUCCGGAAAGGUUAAUGCAAUGCUGUGGCUUGUCUUGCUUUUAGUCAAUGGUAGUAAGUUGAGUAAAAUGUUCAUGUGUAUGUGCAGCUUGUGGUCGGCAGUGUGAAAUUUUGACCUCUAAUUAUUUGUUAGUAAUGUAAUUUUCUCAGCAGGAAUCCAAUUCAUGAUGAUGAGCUACAUUAUUCAAGUUUAGCAACUAUUGAUUGUGUUUCCCAUCAUGCCUUGGAUGUGUCAAAACUUGAACACACCAAUUUGAAGAUUAUCAUACCCUGCUUAUCUAUCCACAUACAACCAACCAAACAAAAAUCUGCUGGAUCAUCCCAUUUGAAAACUUGCAACCAACCAAACAAGAAUUUGGCUCAUGCAAUCCGUCCAACCUAAUGAGCUAAUACAUGUAGGAGCAUCAUUCUAUGAUUCUAUCCUAAAUCCAUGGAUGGCCCUAUCCCAUCCAACCUUGCCUCUCCAACCCAUACGGCCAUACAAACUUGUGACCAUUCAUUGUAAUUCUCAUUUCAUUGUCAUAAGUGCGCCUCGUUUGACACUGUUGUUUCUCUCGUCAUCAUUGGCUUUGUGUCGGACACGUUCAUGAUAAUUUAUCUGCAGCAACGGUCAAAUUUAUGAAGCUACAAGGUGCAAGUUAUGAGCUGCUGUAACUAAAAGGAUCUCUGGUUUCUUUUGAGCAGCUGUCUGUUGUGUCAAGUUAUGUGCUACUUGUAACACUAAAGUACCAUUUUACCUUAUGACAUGCAGUGCUUGGUUGUUCUGUCGUAGUUAAAGACCGUGUUGCAAUAAGUGCUAGUUCUGUAUGUUUCCUGGGUUUAUGUUAUCAAAUGGUUGCCUGGUUUGCCCACUAA